GUCGAGGCGGCGGAGGCGGCGGCCGAGGCGGCGGAGGCGGCGGCCGAGGCGGCGGAGGCGGCGUCCGAGGCGGCGGCGGAAUCACAAGCGGCGGGCCGUCUCUCGAAUGCCCAGGAGAGGGAAGGGGGGAGGGUGGCGGCGGCGGCGAUAAUUGUGGCGGCGGCGGCGGAGCCGGAGGACUUGCUGCAGGGGGCGCUUCAGGUGCCGUCGCGGGGGGCGCCCACGACCCUCGACUAUUGGGCAAAGGUCAAGGACGGAGUGAGCGGCGGGCUGCUGGCGGGCAAUGGAGCGGGCGGCGCCUCGCCACAGCCACCGCAGCAGGGGCUCGAGCCGCCUACCGCCGACACGGUCGGGGGCGGAACGAGGGUGGGCAGCGAGGUUGGCAGCGCGGCGGGCAGCGCGGCGGGCAGCGCGGCGGCGUCGAGCGCUUUCGGCCUCUCUGACGAAGGCCCCACCCCGGCGUCACGCGCGCCGCGGGAGGCGCCCGUGUGGGACUCGGACUCGUUCGUGUCGUACAACCGUUCGGCGAGCCGACCAAAGGCGAAGCGCGUGUGGGAGUUUUGAUGAGCGGAGAGAAGGCAUCUCGGCAGUAAGGCUUAAGACUCUAAUUUCUCGGCUCUAUGUAAUUAAUGACAUUUGAAAUCAUGAAUGGCGGCGUCUGGAGAGGCCACCACGGCCGGGGGCGGUAAGUGGGUGAUACGGGGUGUGGACCCUGAGUUGACCAGGGGUUGUGCGCUGGGCCCUCCUGCUCGGCUCCAGCCGGUAGACAAGUCUUAUCAUCAACAGAGUAGAUGGAUCUGACCUCGGGGCCGAUGUGACCCAGCGCUGGUAGCGUGGUUUUACCUCCCCCCCCAUGGUCUCACAGUGUGCCGGCAGUCGCCGAGCAGUGUCGCUCACACAAGCCGCAGCACAAGUGACUGAGGGCCAGUGAGGGCGAGCCCAUCGCUGUCACAGCUGUGGCAGCCGCACAGUAGGCUAUGUCAACUGUGCAGAGUGUGUGAGCAGCAGAGGAGCUGCUCUCCAGGCUUCUGUCGCAAAGAGCUGCAUGCCACCGAAAGCGCUGUCGAGGUUCGCCGAGCGCGGCGCAGGUUGGAGGAAGCCGUCACCGACGAGCGCGUUGGACUUUUCACUCCGGACAAAGACGGGCACACAGCGGACGGUGCGGGGCGUGUGCCCGUCAUAGCGGCGAGGCGCGGG